GUGGAGGUUAAACGGGCCGAGCCUCGGGAUAGCAAGAGCCAAGCGCCGGGGCAGCCAGGUGCCAGCCAGUGGGGGAGCCGGGUCGUGCCCAAUGCUGCAAAUGGCUGGGCAGGCCAGCCCCCACCAACGUGGCAACAAGGAUACGGCCCGCAAGGAAUGUGGGUGCCAGCGGGACAGGCCAUUGGUGGCUACGGACCGCCCCCUGCAGGAAGAGGGGCCCCCCCGCCGCCCCCGCCAGGGGCCCCCCCGCCGCCCCCGCCGUUCACCUCCUACAUCGUGUCCACCCCUCCUGGAGGCUUCCCCCCUCCUCAGGGCUUCCCACAGGGCUACGGCGCCCCACCGCAGUUCAGUUUUGGCUAUGGGCCUCCACCUCCACCACCGGAUCAGUUUGCCCCUCCCGGGGUUCCUCCUCCACCUGCCACUCCAGGGGCAGCACCUCUGGCCUUCCCACCACCUCCGUCUCAGGCUGCCCCAGACAUGAGCAAACCCCCGACAGCUCAGCCAGACUUCCCCUAUAGUCAGUAUGCAGGUUACGGGCAGGACUUGAGUGGCUUUGGACAGGGCUUCUCAGACCCCAGCCAGCAGCCCCCCUCCUAUGGGGGUCCCUCGGUGCCAGGGUCAGGGGGCCCCCCCGCCAGCGGCAGUGGCUUUGGACGAGGUCAGAACCACAACGUGCAAGGAUUCCACCCCUACCGACGCUAGCCAGUGGCGCCACGCAGACGUCUGCACCAGCUGAGACCCAGGAUUUGAAACUCGUGAACUCGUGACAAUCACAAACUUGGCAGAAAAAUAGCUACUCAACCUUGGGGGGGGGGGCGCGAGGCUUUUGGAGGCGGCUGUGGGUAUCUGGACUGCAGUUUUUAAAUACAUUUCUUUCUCUAACCCAGCAGCACAAUAAAGAAAAAGUCACUUGUUCAACAACAGG